UGAUAUUUAACGGUAAUAAUUGUUUUUACGAUCGUGUCAAUCACCAGCUAUGCCGAGCGAAAUGGCGAAACCGUAGGUAUCGAACAUUAUUAAUGACAACGCGAAAUCAAAGUCACGUGUCGAAUAGUGUCAAUCGACGAGGCAGGAUUCUGAUUUUUCCUGUAAACCGAGACAGAAAUCUCUGCCGCUUCAUUCAUACACCUAUCAGUCGGCUGACGACCGUCCAACCGGACAGUCGCUUGUGAAGCGCGUCUCGUGUCACCGAUAUCGUAGGUCAAACGACCCUUAAAAUCAUCUCCAUCAAUGAGAAUUGUCUCGAACGUUUACCUCUCGGCACUCGUCCAACAAAUAUCGAGUCAAGGAAUCGUGGAACGAGUGAAAGUUUUAAAAAAUAUCUAACAAGAUCUUUUAUCCUGAGUUAUAUUACCGUCGAAAGGAAUUAAUUAUUAAGGAUUUCUUAUUUCUAUUCGCUUGCUGUAUUUCUUUCAUUUUUUUCCUGAACUUUAUCGAUCGAUCAGUUUUUGAAAUUGUAAAAAAAAAAAAAAAAAAAGGAAUCAUAGAUGUAAUAGAUUUCAGGCAGAAAGUUUGCCUCGCGGAAGUUUGUUUCGUGUGCUCGAAAUUGGCAUGAAGUAUAUAUUGUAGAAUUUUCGUAGCGCGGUGUGGUGGGGCUGGUUGUUUUUCUUUCUGUUUGGUAGUUCGAUACCCGGUCUCGGCACGCGUUUCAGAACGGGUAGUAGUGGGUAUCAUUAGAAAUCGCGUUACCAAUAAAUGUUAUAUCGUUGCGAGACGAUAUAUAUUCAUUCCCGAGACGCGAUAUCAUCGUAAUGUUUUCGCGAUCGAAAACGAUAGAUCGAAUAUUUCUGUUUCUCGUCGAACGAUAGACGCGUGACGAAACUGAUAAUUGUCCAGUAGUCUUUUGAAUGACGAAACGCGAUUCCGCUGAUGCGUCUACAUUAUAAACCCACGCGUAACUGACUUAUCUGUACUUUAUGAAUAUUGAGAAACGAACGAAACGGUCAGUCGGUAUCGUGUUUUGGUACUGGUGUUCAUGUGUGAAAAGAUCGCCGAGCUCGCGAGAGGCACACUGUCGAGUGGUGAUCGAUUCCCGGCUAAAAGAGAUCGAGGAUCAUUCUUCGAGAAAAAGGCGAUAAAUGUGUCCAAAGCGGGGAUCGUGGUCGAUAAGUUACCGAGGCAAGAGAGGAAGAGGAAGAAACGGCCAAUAACCAUUAGUGAAGUUUCGAUCUAGCUCGACCUAACCUCUUUCUUUCUCCUCGUCUCGUUCUUUUUUCUCUCCUUUUGCCUCUACCCUGUCUCCUUUCGUCCAUCUGCCCAUUUCUCGACGCCCAACUUCGCCACUUUAGUUGCUUUAGUUUUCGUAUUCAGUGUCGUGCACGAUUUUCUAUCAAUUGAAGAUCCAACAUGGCAUCGUCAAUCAUCGAGGGAAGUGACGAGUACGGUUUGGGAUAUCAAAACACGUUGAUGUAUGGUCGCUACACGAAGGAUCUGGGUGAAUACGCAAAAGAGGAGGCACGGAAGCUCAAGUACGAGAAAACACGGCGGAAAUACGACAGCAGGGAGGAGGAUCUGCGCAAGUCGAGAAGAGGGCCCCUUUGCAGGAAGUUGGUCGCGUUGUUGGCUUUCGCGUGGAAGCACACGGGAGCUAGGUUAGGGGAGGAUUGGGUGUUCCUGGCCCUUCUUGGAAUAAUUAUGGCGCUCAUCAGUUAUGCCAUGGACCGUGGCAUUUCUAUGUGCAACAACGCCAGGAUAUGGCUUUAUCAGGAUCUGACUCACCAUCCGGCGCUUCAGUAUCUCGCCUGGGUGUCCUUGCCGGUUUGCCUGAUCCUCUUCAGCGCCGGCUUCGUGCACAUCGUUGCACCGCAGAGCAUAGGAUCCGGCAUUCCGGAGAUGAAAACGAUCCUACGUGGGGUGGCCUUGAAGGAGUAUCUCACCUUUCGUACGCUCGUGGCGAAGGUGAUAGGUCUGACCGCGACCCUGGGCUCCGGUCUGCCGCUGGGCAAGGAAGGUCCGUUCGUGCACAUCGCGAGCAUAGUUGCCACCCUCCUCUCCAAAUUGGUGACGAGCUUCCAAGGGAUCUACGAGAACGAGAGCAGGAACUGCGAGAUGCUCGCCGCUGCGUGCGCCGUGGGGGUGGCCGCCUGCUUCGCGGCCCCCAUCGGCGGCGUCCUGUUCAGCAUCGAGGUAACCACGGUUUACUUCGCGGUGAGGAAUUAUUGGAGGGGGUUCUUCGCGGCCGUUUGCGGGGCAACCAUGUUCCGGCUGCUCGCUAUCUGGUUUCAACGAGAGGAAACGAUCACGGCGAUGUUCGCGACCAACUUCACCAUGGACUUCCCCUUCGACCCCCAAGAAUUGUUCGUGUUCGCGUUGAUCGGGGUGGGCAGCGGUAUAGGGGGCGCUUUCUACGUUUGGCUGCACAGGCAAUACGUGAUCUUCAUGAGGAAGAACAAAAGUAUGAACAGCUUUCUGCAGAAAAAUCGCUUCUUGUACCCUGGUAUCGUCUCGUUGCUCGUCUCCUCCGUUUCGUUCCCCCUGGGACUAGGCCAGUUCAUGGCCGGUGAUUUGAACACUCACGAUCAAGUGUACGGUUUGUUCACCAACUUCACUUGGACCAAGCAAGAGUUGGGGGUUGAGGAAAUGAACAUAGUGAAGCAUUGGUCCACCGUGUACACCGACGUGUUCAUCGGUUUGAUCGGUUUCGUUGCGUUCACGUUCGUCUUCUCCAUCAUAAGCUCCACGGUUCCCGUCCCGUCGGGAAUUUUCAUCCCCGUGUUCAAGAUUGGCGCCGCUCUGGGCAGAGCCAUGGGCGAAGCCAUGGCUCUGUGGUUUCCCAACGGCGUUCGUUACGGCGGCAUCAUAACGCCUAUCGUACCAGGAGGCUACGCUACCGUCGGGGCAGCUGCAUUCUCCGGCGCCGUGACCCACACGAUAUCCGUGAGCGUUAUCGUGUUCGAGAUGACCGGUCAGAUCACUCACAUAGUGCCAAUCAUGAUCGCCGUGUUGAUCAGCAACGCCAUUGCCGCCCUCCUGCAGCCCAGCAUAUACGACAGUAUCAUUUUGAUCAAGAAGCUGCCCUAUCUCCCAGACCUGUUGCCGUCCAGUUCAGGAAUGUACAACGUGUACGUGGAAGAUUUCAUGGUUCGCGACGUGAAGUAUAUCUGGCACGGGAUCUCGUAUCAGAAGUUGAAGGAAAUUUUAAAGGAGAACCGCAAGCUCCGCGGUUUCCCGCUUGUCGACAAUCCCGACUCGAUGAUCCUGCUUGGAUCUAUCCAGAGAUUGGAAUUGAUCAAGCUGAUCGAGAAACACAUAGGGCGCGAGAGGAGGUUGCAGGUGGCUCAGAAGUGGCACAAGGAGGCCGAGGAGAGGGCGAGGGAGGAGAUGGAGCGGCAAUUGAGGGAUCAGGAGAGGACGAGGAGGCCGUCCAGGUUCGAGGUGAUCCCCGCGCCGGAUAUUCUUAAGAUGCAGAGGCAAAGUGCUAACGAUUUAACGAUGUCUCCGAGCAACGGCGCCGCUCCCGAUCACGUGAGUCAUCACACCUACCAUUCCCCGAUAUUCGGCUCGCAACCGAAGAAGUCGAUCUUGAAGAAGACCAAUUCCUUCACGUUGAAAGGGUUCAGCCCGUUGGUGAGCCCUGCAGCCACUCCUUACACAACUGUGACCGGUGCGGAGAGCAGGAUCCGUCUCGCCUUCGAGGCGAUCUUCCGCAAGUCGGCCACAUUGCAAGACGUGGAUCCAGACCCGGAGAUAGGGGCCGGUGGUGGUGUCAGGCGUGACAGCCAGGAGGUACCUCCGCACACUCCUAUGCUGGCGCCAAGCCCUGCCACCUCGAAGAAAGUGCAACUGCCUCGCGAGAGGGUGAUAGAUAUGUCGGCAGAGGAUCAGAAGCGAUGGGAGGAGAGCGAAAUGUCGUUGGAGGUGGAUUUCUCGAGGUGUCACAUCGAUCCAGCGCCCUUCCAGCUCGUCGAGCGAACGUCUUUGUUGAAGGUUCACAGUCUGUUCAGCAUGGUGGGGGUGAAUCACGCUUACGUGACGGCUAUCGGCAGGCUAGUCGGGGUUGUAGGAUUGAAAGAGCUGAGGAAAGCGAUAGAGGACGCCAACGCUGGAAUCUUGCCCAUGCAUUGCGAAUCUCACAUAGGCGUAUCCACGUCGAGCAUCGCCAAGAGCGAAACGGACACGGAGAGCAAGAAUGUCAGCACGAUGAACUCUAUUGCCUCCGUUGAUUGCGAGAAAGUCGAAAAAGUCUGAGUGAAAGUAGGAGAGAGAGAUAGAGAGAGAGAAGAGAAAGGAGGGAAAUGAGAGAUGGGCAAGGAAGGGAGGGAGAUACGUAGAAGCAAAAAUGUGAUAGUUAUAUUGUCAGAAAAAUUGGCAAUAUGACCCGAACGAGAGACGUGUUUUUUUUUUCUUUUUUUUUCUUUAUCGAUUAAAUAUUCCUUUCCUCUUGUAAUAGAUAAUAAGAGAGAGAAAACGUAGAACACUCCCUAUAGCGAAGCUCGAGCAACAAGUCACACGCUCCUUCUUUUUUUCUUUCUUUUUUUUUUCUUCUUUAACCGCUUACAACUACGAAUCGCUUUCAAAUACCUCUCGUACUUAAUCUCAGGACAAGAUUAUCUUACAGAACGAAAUCGUUCUUCUUAUCGUGUGACGCGCGAUUUCUUUCAUCAUCGCGUGUUAAAAAAACUUGGAAAUUGGUAAACAAAUUUGGCGUGUUGCUUGUUUGUGAUUUUCUUUUUUGCGCGCAGAAGGGAGUUCUCGUUACGUAGGUAUCAGGGUCUGUCGAGUUUUCUUGUUCUUCUUUUUUUUUUUUCCUUCCUCUCCUUUUAGCUAGAUUUUCUUUUUUUUUCAUUUGCGCGAUUUAUCCUCUUCGUAUUUUAUAGUCACGUAGGUAAGUAAGGUAGUAUAGAUAAUAAUAGAGAAAAAAAGAGAAUGAAAGUUACCACGUGCGUAUCUGUAAAUGAAUGGUUGUGAUUUGUCAAUUUGGCGACUCUUUGAUGACUUUGGUGAUAAUCAAUCUUCCUCAGAGGAACAUUCUCCUUUCCAAUGGAUGCGUGGAUGCUUAUCACGCUGUGCUAAAAUGUCGAAGCUUCUCCAAGAACUCUGUAUUUAAACGUGGUGCUUCGGUGAUAGCCGAACGAGUGGCUUCGUCUUUUUAAAGAUAUAUACGCUGUGAAUCGUGUGACUGUGUUUAAUGGCGAGCAACGCGAGUCGUGAAAAACGUGAUCGUUAAUGUAUUGUAAUGCGUUGCAAAGGAACGUUGCAUCCUGCAGCGACCCAAGGGUGAUUAUUUAUCUCGAGUUUAUUAUUUAAGAAAAGAUUCGGGGCUCGCGUUGAAUGCUCUUUUUAGUCUUUUAGCGUAAUUUAAUUUUAUGACUAUGGUUGUGCCAACCCUAUUUAUUUUAAUUGUAACGAUUAUUGUUAAUUAAUUCUGUAAGUACGUAAAAACUUAUUAGAUCAUGUUGAAUCCAUUCGCAAGAAUAUUCUCAGCUUCUGGAUCUUUGUGAAAUUUUUAAUUGAAUUUUUAGAACGGUAUAUUGUAGCUUUUAUCUUGUGAAAGAGAGAUUAACGUUAAUCUGUCCUGUUAUUCUAUUCUCUGUUUGAAUCAAAGCUUCGCAAAGAUCCGUCUAAUUUAGAUUUCUUUACCAGAAGCUUUUUGUUUUAGCUGAUCAAUUAUACGACGAGGCGACAUGGCGUUUGAUAAUGAUAGAAUAUUUUAAUGACAACGUAGCAUAAUUUAAAACGAUAUCUUAAUUGAUCGUUAUGAUAAGUAUCUAGGACCAGAAACUGAUGUAUCCGCUCCGAUUAAUACGAAAAAUCCGAAUAUUAAUUUUAAGGACAAAGUUCGUAGGGCAUUUUACAUUCCAUCCGACAAAUAUUCUCACGACUGCAUCCCAUUUUAUUGUAAAUUUAUUGCGUUACAUGCCAUCGAAGCUUUAUGACACAUUAAUCGCCAAAUAUAAGUUACACUGUACAAUCGGGAGAAAACAUUAAAUAAUUUAUUAUAUUGUAUACAUAUUGUGCAGGUAAUAUAUACAUAUAUAUAUAUAUUAUAUACACAUAUACAUAUUUUUCUUAAUAUCGCAAUUUCAUUGUUAAAAGAAUCGUUCGUAGAACAAUGUUUUUAAUUCCGAAGCUACUAACGAGACAAUAAUCAAGCCAACAAAAUGGAGCUGAAAAAUAUAUAGAUAUUAUAUGAUAAAAAUAUAUCGACAAUUUGAUAUAAUACAUAUCGCAUAACAUCCA